UCUCUCUCUCCCUCGCCAUUCAGGCUCCCUCCCCUGUUUGAAGUGGGAACAUAUGAUCCAGGAUAUUGACUCUGGUCCCGCUUCUAUUCAUCAUUCGAGCCAUUUAGUUCCCAUCAUGAUCCCUGUAGCUGUGCAGUAGUUUGCAACUGGACUUUACGUACACCCGUGCUGUAGAUUACUCCUUAACUACUCUCUUGGUCUAAUGCAUCCCAUUCCUAUAUGUACAUACGUAUUUAUGUAUGUAUGUAUGUAUGUAUGUAUCUAUAUCAUGAUUUUUUAUGAAUGGUCUGGACGGAUGAAGGAGGCAGUUGGAGGGAAUGGGGGAAUGGGGAAUGAUGUAUCAGGUAAGGAACACGAUGAAGCAAGUGAGAGCAAAGUGAACCGCUCCUUCCCUCUCUUCGCAUGUUCUCCUCAAUUCUGGGUUGGCCCAUCCAUGUCACCUGCCCUUUCCCUUCCUCCCUUUUCUUCCCCUUCUUCUUCUUCCUUUUCCUCCUCUUCUCUUCCUUUCCUUCCUUUCCUUUCUUCUCUCUACCAUCUUGUUGGAUCCUACUGACUUGAUUCUCUCCCCCUCCAUUCCAUACUAAGUACUUCCCAUACUACUUGCUCCCUCAUUUACUGGUAAGUUCAACUCUCCUAUUUCAAGAGUAGCACUAGGUGCUCGAGUAAUCAUUCCACGUCACCACUCGGGUCC